AUGGAGGCCACAGACAGUUUUCUGAAGGCGGGGGCGGCGCGCGCGGAGCUGCAGAAGAAGGCGCAGGCGCUGCAGGAGGAGUGCGGUUACCUGCGGCGCCACCACCAGGAGGAGGUGGGCGAGCUGCUCGGUCAGAUCCAGGGUUGCGGUGCCCUGCAAGCGCAGGCGCACGCCGAGGCGCGCGACGCCCUCAAGUGCGACGUGACGUCGGCGCUGCGGGAGAUCCGCGCGCAGCUCGAAGGCCAUGCGGUGCAGAGCACGCUGCAGUCGGAGGAGUGGUUCCGAGUGAGGUUGGACCGACUGUCAGAGGCGGCCAAGGUGAAUAUAGAUGCCAUGCGUUCGGCACAGGAGGAGAUAACCGAGUACCGGCGGCAGCUGCAGGCUAGGACCACGGAGUUGGAGGCACUGAAAAGCACCAAGGAUUCACUGGAGAGGCAGCGCUCUGAGCUAGAAGACCGUCAUCAGGCAGACAUUGCAUCCUACCAGGAUGCUAUUCAGCAGUUGGACAAUGAGCUGAGAAACACCAAGUGGGAGAUGGCAGCGCAGCUCCGAGAGUACCAGGACCUGCUCAAUGUCAAGAUGGCCCUGGAUAUUGAAAUUGCUGCUUACAGAAAGCUCCUGGAAGGUGAAGAGUGUCGAAUUGGCUUUGGUCCAAGUCCCUUCUCUCUUACUGAGGGACUCCCGAAAAUCCCCUCCGCAUCAACUCACAUAAAAGUCAAAAGUGAAGAGAAGAUAAAAGUGGUAGAAAAAUCAGAGAAGGAAACUGUGAUUGUGGAAGAGCAGACAGAAGAGAUCCAGGUGACUGAAGAAGUGACAGAAGAGGAGGAAAAAGAAGCCAAAGAGGAGGAAGGAGAAGAAACGGAAGAGGGAGGAGAAGAAGAAGAAGAAGAAGUAACAUCUCCCCCCGCAGAAGAGGCAGCAUCUCCAGAAAAGGAAACCAAGCCUCCUGUGAAGGAAGAGGCCAAGUCUCCAGCUGAGGUAAAAUCUCCAACUGAGGCCAAGUCACCUACUAAGGCCAAGUCACCAGCUGAGGUAAAACCUCCAGCUGAGGCCAAGUCACCUGCUGAGGUAAAAUCUCCAGCUGAGGCCAAGUCACCUGCUGAGGUAAAAUCUCCAGCUGAGGCCAAGUCACCUGCUGAGGUAAAAUCUCCAGCUGAGGCCAAGUCACCUGCUGAGGUAAAAUCUCCAGCUGAGGCCAAGUCACCUGCUGAGGUAAAAUCUCCAGCUGAGACCAAGUCACCUGCUGAGGCCAAGUCACCUACUGAGGCCAAGUCCCCAACUGCAGCCAAGUCACCAGCUGAGGUAAAAUCUCCAGAGAAAGCCAAGACUCCUGUGAAGGAAGGAGCAAAAUCCCCAGCUGAAGAGUCCAAGUCCCCUGUGAAGGAAGAAGUGAAGUCCCCAGCUGAAGUAAAAUCUCCAGAGAAGGCCAAGUCCCCAGUUAAGGAAGAAGCAAUGUCUCCGGCUCAAGCCAAGUCUCCAGAGAAGGAAGAAGCUAAAUCACCAGCAGCGGUCAAAUCUCCUGAGAAGGCCAAGUCCCCUGUGAAGGAAGAGAUCAAGCCUCCAGCUGAGGUGAAAUCCCCUGACAAGGCUAAGAGUCCAGUGAAGGAGGAAUCAAAGUCUCCUGAGAAGACCAAGACUCUAGAUGUGAAAUCCCCAGAAGCCAAGACUCUAGGGAAAGGGGAAGCAAAGUACCCUGCAGACAUCAAAUCCCCUGAGCAGGCCAAAAGUCCUGCCAAGGAGGAGGUCAAGUCCCCAGAGAAGCUCAAGUCCCCUGAAAAGGAAGAUGCCAAGGCUUCUGAGAAGGAAGUUCCCAAGAAGGACGAGGUGAAGUCCCCUGUGAAGGAGGAGGUGAAAGCCAAAGAACUCCCAAAGAAAGUAGAGGAAGAGAAGACCCCCGCUACACCAAAAACGGAGGAGAAGGUGAUCAAGAAAGAUGAACCACCCAAGAAGGAGGCUGCAAAGCCCAAGGUGGAGGAGAAGAAGGAAACCCCAGUAGAAAAGCCCAAGGACUCCACAGUGGAAGCCAAGAAGGAAGAGUCCGAAGAGAAGAAGAAAGCAGUGACCCCAGAGAAGGAGACUCCUGCCAAGGUGGAGGUGAAGGAUGAGGUUAAAUCCAAAGAGAAGACGGAGACAAAGACAGAAGUGGAUGACACCAAGGCCAAAGAACCCAGCAAACCCACAGAGAAGGAAAAGCCACAGAAAGAAGAGAUGCUGGCAGCACCAGAGAAGAAAGACAGCAAGGAGGAGAAGGCCACAGAGUCCAAGAAGCCCGAGGAGAAGCCCACAAUGGAGGCCAAGGCCAAAGAGGACGACAAGGGCCUUCCCAAAGAGCCCAGCAAACCCAAGACGGAAAAGGCUGAAAAAUCCUCUAGCACGGACCAAAAGGACAGCCAGCCCCCAGAGAAGGCCACAGAGGACAAGGCCACCAAGGGGGAGAAGUAA